CGCUCUCCGCUGCCCGCAGGCCCGCACCGCUGGGCGGCCGCCGGCUGGAGCGGGCUGCGGCCGCGCUACGAGCACGCCACCUUCCUGCCCGCCGCCGCUCCCCCGCGCCUCUGGGUCUUCGGCGGCGCCCACCCGGGCGGUAACCGGAGCUGCGUCCAGGUGCUGGACCCGGAAAUAGGAAGGUGGGAGAGCCCCGAGGUGCGGGGCCCGCAGCCUCUGCCCAGGACCUAUCACACCUCCUCGGCGGCUGUAGGGGACUGUCUGUACGUGUUCGGAGGGGGAGAGAAAGGAGCAGAACCCGUCAAAGACCAGCGGCUUCACGUGUUUGACACAGCCACCUUGACCUGGUCCCAGCCAGAUACUCAUGGGGACCCCCCCUCUCCUCGGCAGGGACACGUUGUGGUUGCAGUUGGGACCAAACUCUUUGUCCACGGGGGUUUAUCCGGUGACGUGUUUUACAACGAUCUCUUCUGCCUCGAUACCAAUGAGCUGAGGUGGGUUAAGAUUCCAGCCACCGGCGACGUCCCGGGAGGACGGGCGUCCCACUCCUCAGCUGCCUUCAAAGAGCACUUGUACAUUUUUGGUGGAAUCGGUGCAGAGGGGACGCUGGAUACUACGUACAAGUAUCACACAGAGAAGCAGCAGUGGACACUCCUGCGGUUUGAAUCCCCCCUGCCCACGGGGAGGCUGGACCACGCCAUGUGUGUCAUCCCCUGGGGGGCUGGGGCCAGCGGAGAGGAGGGAACUGCCACCCGGGAAAAGGACGCUGGGGAAGAGUUGUCCGUGUCAGCGGGGGACAGGGCUGAGCCCCCGCAGGGCAGCGCUGAGGCCCCCGUGGAGCACCUGCUGCUGGUCUUUGGUGGGAUGGACACGCAGGGGGAGAUGUUUGGGGACUGCCUGGUCAGCCUCAUCCAGUAGCGGGGCUGCUGUCCUGCACUGCGCCGCCUUUCCUAUGCAGUUUUUAUACUACUGUUGGAUUUAAUUAAUUCUUCUUUCCAAUAAACAAAUUCUUGCCCUCAGA